AUGGGUUCUUCAGUGGAACAGAACAUUUUGGUGACUGGUGGUGCUGGAUUCAUUGGGACACACACUGUUGUUCAGCUUUUGAAUCAGGGUUUUAAGGUUACCAUCAUUGAUAAUCUUGAUAACUCUGUCGUUGAAGCUGUUCAUAGGGUUCGUGAGCUUGUUGGUCCUGAUCUCUCUACCAAGCUUGAAUUCAAUCUGGGUGAUUUAAGAAACAAAGGAGAUAUUGAGAAACUCUUUUCUAAUCAGAGAUUUGAUGCAGUGAUUCACUUUGCUGGUCUUAAAGCUGUGGGUGAAAGUGUUGGAAACCCUCGUCGUUACUUCGAUAAUAACUUGGUUGGAACAAUCAAUCUGUAUGAGACAAUGGCAAAAUACAACUGCAAAAUGAUGGUGUUUUCGUCGUCUGCAACGGUUUAUGGCCAACCUGAAAUAGUCCCAUGUGUAGAAGACUUUAAGUUACAGGCUAUGAAUCCUUAUGGUCGUACUAAGCUGUUUCUUGAAGAAAUAGCUAGAGACAUUCACACGGCAGAACCAGAAUGGAGGAUAAUUCUUCUGAGGUAUUUCAAUCCAGUUGGAGCUCACGAGAGCGGAAGGAUUGGAGAAGAUCCAAAAGGCAUACCUAACAAUCUCAUGCCUUAUAUCCAACAAGUUGCGGUUGGACGAUUACCUGAACUCAAUGUAUAUGGACAUGACUAUCCUACCAAUGAUGGUAGCGCGGUCAGAGAUUACAUUCAUGUAAUGGAUUUAGCAGAUGGCCAUGUUGCUGCAUUAAACAAGCUAUUUUCAGACUCAAAGAUCGGUUGUUCUGCUUAUAAUCUUGGGACUGGUCAAGGAACUUCUGUCUUAGAAAUGGUUUCUGCUUUUGAAAAAGCUUCUGGCAAGAAAAUCCCUAUCAAGCUAUGUCCAAGAAGAGCUGGAGAUGCAACAGCGGUUUACGCUUCAACUCAAAAAGCUGAGAAAGAACUCGGAUGGAAGGCAAAAUAUGGAGUGGAUGAGAUGUGCAGAGAUCAAUGGAACUGGGCAAACAAGAAUCCAUGGGGUUUCCAGAAAAAGCCUUGA